GUUUUCCGGUGCUCGUCUCCGGAGAACCCCUUUGGCACAGGGGGGCGUGAGUGGACAUUCUAACAGCCUUCUUGUAGGCAAGAAAUCGUUUGGGAUCUCUGAUUGGUCCACUUGCUGCAGCCAGCACACUUUCAACCAAUCCCUGCGGGGGAACUAGGCAGGCUGGCAUUGUUUCGCGCGUUUUUCUCCCUUUUCUGCUUUCUUUCGCCGAGCUUCACACACGACAAAAUAAAAUCCUCCGUACCUUUCGACAAUUUUCGACUUCUUCAAAUCGCCCAAGAACCCCGCAUUAUGCCGGGUAACAGAGGCCGCAAGCGCAAGAACCCAAGGGACGGCGGACAGCGGGAAAAACGUCCCCUAGGCCAUCAUCCUCGCCAAACUCGAGCACAAGCCAGAGCAAUGCAGACGUUGCUAAACCCGCCAUCGGUCGCCAACAGCGAUGCUGCAGGCUACGGUCCCGAGGAACAGCGCCCUCUGUCGUCGGGAGCGGAGGUCAUACCGCCUGAGGUCACAUGUACUCACGCUGCAGCCACCAGCGUGACCGCGACGGCCGUAAACGCCGCCGGUCGCCCGGUCCACCCCCAGAUUCCGGCCAGCCAGCAACCCACACCACUGGCAGGGAACUCGAGCGGGGCUUCCAGCUCCUUUCAACGGCCAGCCGCCCAAGAAACGGCCGCACACGGCGGCAAUUUUCAGCUGGGGGCCGCGACAUACACCACUGCCGCGACGCCGGCGCCCGUUGCUGGCACCCCGCCGGCUUUCGCACGGCCUUCGCCCAUAUACACCAGCCCACCUGCCGGCGUGGUUACAUCGUCGCCAGUGGCCAUCCCCACACCGAGUGCUGCCCCAUCCGGUGCCAUGCAUCCCCUCUACCAGCAGGCCUACGUCAGUGGCAUGGCCCCAUCAUACUUCACCGGUUUUCAAGGUGUUCCAGUGGCACAUCCUUCGACUACACCCAUACCCGGGUCUUCCACCUCAUCUGGCCAACUUGGACAGCCAGCCAAGGGGUACCAAAACCCAUCCACCUCGGAUGAAUCGAUUUCGAGAGGUCGCUCCCUCAGCAGCCAAAGACGGGCUGGAAGUCCCACCAUUUCUAUGGAGGCUAUAAACACGGAAGCCCUCCGACUCCUGGGGGCAUCCUUUGCGAGUAGUACUUGGGGAACAUAUAGCAAGGGCGUGGAACAGUUCAUCCAAUUCCGGCAUCAUGCUGGCCUCCCACCCCUCUGGCCAUCCCCAUGUGGCCACAUUGCAGCCUUUAUUGCCCAUCUCUCACUGGAAGGCCUCGCCCCUUCCACAAUCGGUACGUAUACAGCCGCGGCCGCUUAUGUACAUAAAAUUAACGGAUGGCCCGACCCAACCGACAGCUUCAUCGUUUGGAAAAUGAGGGAAGGUUGCCGCCGCCAGGGCCGUCGCUGCGACCCUAGGCGCCCCAUCACGGCAGAACUCCUCGAAAAAAUAUGCAACAUUCUGCGUGCAAUCACCUCGUCAAAUCUUGAGGCUGCACUUUUCUGUGCCGCAUUUUCACUGGCCUUUUUCGUUUUUUUCCGAGUUGGGGAACUAACAACUGCUAGCAAAUCCGCCGGGCAUGAGCGAACCCUCAACUUUCAGGACGUCUGGUUUGCAAGCAAUGAUCACUCUGUACUGGUGGUCAGGCUUAGGUUCUCCAAAACUGAUCAACGGGGCGAAUCUGUUGAACUGCGUUUUCAUAGGGAUUACCACUCCCCCACUUGCCCCGUGAACAUGGUUUCAAGUUACCUCCUCCUGCGGCCACACUUUGCAGGCCCAUUUUUUGUUCAUGUAGAUGGUACACCCCUAACAACAUACCAGUUCAGCCAAAUGCUGCGUAAAUCCUUAGUGGCCCUAGGUCUCCCCCCUCAGGGCUUUAGCCCACACAGCUUCCGCAUUGGGGCGGCCACUUCUGCUGCUCUGAAUGGAACCCCGGUCCCGCAGAUCCAAUUAUUAGGCCGCUGGAAAUCCCAAGCCGUUAAUUUGUACAUCCGGCCUGACAAAGUCCUCCCUCCCUCCCACACUGGGCUGCCCCAGCUGUAACAUGUCAUUUGCAUCCUCGGUUCUGCUCUUGUUUUUGAUUAACUCCGCAGGUACAACACGCACCUGGGUGGUUGGUGACAGCAUUGUCUUCCGCGCCGGCGACCAUGCCCCAAAUGAGCCAGCAUUGGGGCUGAUCACCUGGCGGGGCGUGCGGGGUGCAAAAAUAUCUUCGAUGA